AUGGGGCAGCUGAAGGUGCUUCACAUCUUUACCCUUGUUUCUUGUCUCUUUGCGUCCUCCACACCUGCAGCAGGUCAGAUCAGACUAGUUGGGUCUGGGUCCACUCGGUGCUCUGGAAGAGUUGAAAUCUAUCACAGUGGCUCCUGGGGAACCGUCUGUGAUGAUGACUGGGACUUGAAUGAUGCGGAAGUGGUCUGCAGACAGCUGGGCUGUGGGGCAGCAGUGGAGGUCACUGCAUCUGCUCACUUUGGUGAAGGUACAGGACAAAUCUGGCUUGAUGAUGUGGCCUGUUCAGGAAGUGAAAGUUCUCUAACUGAGUGUGGACACAGAGGAUUUGGGACACACAACUGUGGACAUGGCGAGGACGCUGGUGUUGUCUGUUCAGGUGCUCAUAUCAGAUUAUCCGGGUCUGGGUCCACUCUGUGCUCUGGAAGAGUAGAAAUCUACCACAGCAGUGCGUGGGGAACAGUCUGUGAUGAUGAUUGGGACUUAAAUGAUGCUAAGGUGGUCUGUAGACAGCUGGGCUGCGGGACAGCAGUGGAGGCCACUGCAUCUGCUCACUUUGGUCAUGGCACUGGACAAAUCUGGCUUGAUAAUGUGGCCUGUUCAGGAAGUGAAAGUUCACUAAUUGAAUGUGGACACAGAGGAUUUGGGACACACGACUGCGGACAUGGUGAGGACGCUGGUGUUGUCUGUUCAGGUCUGAUCAGAUUAUCUGGGUCUGGGUCCACUCGGUGCUCUGGAAGAGUAGAAAUCUACCACAGGAAUGACUGGGGAACAGUCUGUGAUGAUGACUGGGACUUAAAUGAUGCAAAAGUGGUCUGUAGACAGCUGGGCUGCGGGACAGCAGUGGAGGCCACUGCAUCUGCUCACUUUGGUCCAGGAAGUGGGAAAAUCUGGCUUGAUAAAGUGGCCUGUUCAGGAAGUGAAAGUUCUAUAACUGAGUGUCAGCACAGAGGAUUCGGGACACACAACUGUGGGCAUGGUGAGGACGCUGGUGUUGUUUGUUCAGUGAGUCUCCCAAAACCCAGCAUCUCUGUAAAUGAAGGUCAGGUUAGCUGGGGUCAGAACAUCAGCAUCACUUGUUCCAUCUCAUCUGAGUUCUUAGAUGGAACUUUCACCCUCAAGAAAACCGCAAGCAGUUUCAAUCAGACUGAAACAGGAUCCAGAUCUGCUACCUUCAAUAUCCACAGAGUGGACUUCAGUCAUGAUGGACUGUACCAGUGUCAGUAUGAGAAACACAUUUCAAGUAACACAUUCAGCUCCCCCCCUUGUGACUCUGUCAGAAUCUCUGUUACUGUAAUCUUUCCAAAACCCAAUAUCUCCAUGAAUCCUGCUGGUGAGGUGACCUGGGGUCAGAACAUUGGAAUCACUUGUUCAAUCUCAACUCAAACUUUAGGUGGAACGUUCAUUCUGAUGAAAACAUCAGAUUCAUUCAACAGGACCCAAAACUCAAACACAAACUCUGCUACCUUUAAUACUCCUGAAGUAGACUUUGAUGAUGAGGGAUUGUACCAGUGUCAGUAUCAGAAAAGCGGCCCAAGUCAUGAAUUUUACUCCCCACCAAGUGACUCGUUUAGGCUCUCUGUUACAGGGUUCUGUGUUCAUUCUGUUAAUUUCUAA